CACCAACUCCGGGCCCUCACCUAGGCGACAACACAGCCAACACAUGGCAACGAUAAAGAUAGCAAUGCGCACCCCUCCUCCCUCCCUUGAGUUCCUUGCGGCGUACAGGGUCCAGCCAUCUGUCAGUCUAAGCCGAAUCCCCAUCGUAUUCAUCAUCGUAAUCACCCCUGUCAUCCAAUCAUGUAUUUCCGCCCUCAGGGGGGCGAACAGAACCUACAUCCUGCGCCACGUCCGCUGUGACGGUUCCCGGCCAUGCAUCCACACAUCAGCAGGGCUGUCUUCGGACCACUUAUGUAAGGCUCGCUGCAACGGCUGCACAGUUGCCAGUUACCAGGACUACGAGGUGCAGUCAUCCUUGUUCAUCGGAGAGAUUCAGGGGUGCCAGAUAGCAUCCGUGUGUUGUAUGUCGAUUACAAACCAGGGAGGGAGUAUCAGAUCCUAGUAGAUGAUACCCGUUGGGAUGGGUUUAGUAGCAGGCAGGCUUCGUGACAGC